AUGGAGAUACAGCCAGUGGCGGGCACUAAGAACCAUGCCGAGGGAUCUGCGGGCUCGUCUCCCUCCCUGGCGGCGCACCACCAGCACCACCACAGCUCCAACCCUAAUCUGACCGGGAAUUCGAUGCAGUCGUGGUGGGAGUCGUUAUCCCGCGCGAGGUCCCGCAUCCAGUCUCUCUCUGCUGUGCUCGGCCCUUCCUCCGCUGCCGCCGCCGAUCUGGCCGCCCUCGCCGAUUCCGACCAACCGGCGAAGUCCCUCCUCGACUCUGCAGGUGCCUACGCCGCCGUCUCCAACGCCCUUUCUCGUCCUUCGUCCGGCUCCGGCGACGACGCUCUUUGCCAGUGGCUGUACGAAACCUACCAGUCUCCCGAUCCGGAUCUGCGGCUCGUGGUUCUCUCCUUCGUCCCUCUGAUCUCCGGUCUCUACCUCUCCCGCGUGGUGGCGGGAUACUCCUCUGCCGGUGCGGGAUCUCCAUCGCUUGCUGGCUUCGAGGCCGUCCUCCUCUCCCUUUACGCGGCGGAGACCAAGGCUCGCGGCGGGAAGCCCCUCCUGAUCCAUGUACCGGAUCUGUCCCAGCCGUCACUCUACCACACGACGCGGAGCAGCGCAGCAAGCGGCGGCGGCGGAAGGUCGCCGCAGAUCUCGGCCCCCGUCCAACCCCAUCCAACGGUGGGAAUCCUGUCGCCCCCUCUGGAGCCGCAGACUGUGGUAAAGUCUACGAAGAGGGCCUGCAUCGUGGCCGUUGCUCUGGACUGCUACUUCAAGAGGAUCUCGGUCAUGCCGAGCUCGUCCAAGGUGGAUCUCUGCGAGUUCGCCGCUUCCUGGGCCGGUGAGUACUACUCCGGUCGGGACGAACUGGAACUGUUUGGGAGCUUUCACCCUCCUCCGUCUCCUUCCUCGGAUGGCCGGGCACUUUCGGAGGACGGGGACGAGGCCGGGAACUGCAGGACGGUGAUGGAGAGGUUGAGAAUUGAGGAGAAGCUCGGGGGUGGCUCUCCCAAGGAAGGUGGAGCAAGGGUCUUCAGAGGGUCAAGGAUUCCUUUCCCAUGGGAGCUGCUGCAGCCGGUGCUGAGAAUCCUGGGGCAUUGCCUGCUGGCCCCGCUGAACCCGCCGGAGGUCAGGGAUGCGGCAUCCGUUUCCGUCAGGUACAUCUAUGGAAGGGUAUCUCAUGACCUCCUUCCCCAAGCAAUCCUGGCAUCCCGGAGCCUGAUUCAGCUGGAUCAGAGGGCGAGGGAGACUGCAAUGGCCGCCGCUACCGCGUCCUCUAAUCCGAACACACCCAGCAAGCCGAGGAAGCCGGAGGUGCUUCUGUCUUCGAAAUGA